GUAAAACAGAGCAUACAGAGGAUUUGAUGAGUCAUGCUUCUUCUUGUGGUCACUGUAUCCAUUGCCAAUGUGUUUUUUGCUGCUGGAGUUGUUUGUAUACCCCUAUCAGACCAGGGACCCCACAUCGACCACGGCUGGGACCAGGUGGUCCGGCUCAGACACCUGUAUGCUGCCAGGCCAGGACUCCACCUACUGAUCAGUGGGGAUGGACAGAUUCACGGCUCUGCAUUCCAAACUCUGUACAGUCUGCUGGAGAUCCGUCCAGUGGAUCCAGGCUGUGUUGCCAUCAAAGGAGUAGCAACCGCACGGUUUCUCUGCAUAGAAGGCGAUGGAAGACUUUACUCAUCGCACACCUACAGCAGAGACGACUGCACUUUCAGAGAGCAGAUCUUGCCAGACGGUUACAACAUCUACAUCUCUGACAGACAUGGAGCCCUGCUCAGUUUGGGAAACCAGUGGCAAAGGCUGCAGGGUCGAGACAGAGGCGUCCCGACUUUGGCCCAGUUCCUCCCCAGGAUCAACACCGUGGAUCAGGCCUCAUCUCCUGGACUGGACAUCCCUGAUCAGCCGAGGCAGAGCAGAGCACAAACAGAAGAACCCAUGGACACAAUGGACUCCUUUGGAAAGCUCUCUCAGAUCAUUCACAGUCCCAGCUUCCACAAGAGAUGAGACAUUAGCUCUGUGACACCUGUAAAACAGAUGUGUCCUGGGGUGUUCUGCUUUAUCUGAGAACGAGCACUCCUUCCUGCAUGUUGCAGAACCACGGACUGACUGCAUGUCCAGCCAGCCUGCACCUGCAAAGGUUGCUGUGAAAUCCUGCCAGCACUGUCCAGUCAGAUAUGACUGAACAGAACACAAGUACAGUGUCCUACAGAGUGGAGAAUGACAUCUGUACCUGGUAUAAUAUUCCAUUCUGUCAUUUUCAGUCACAGCCUUUAUAUUUGCUGUAACAAGUCCUCCAGCUAAACACCUAUGUAGGAGGUUUUAUCCCUACCGUCUGAUAUGACCCAUAGGGGCGUUCCCUAAAUUAGAUAGAUAUACCACAGAUAAAAUAUCAAAAACCUCUGUUGAAAAAUAAAUAACUAACCUUUUUAUGAUGUGACAAUGCUGUGGUAAAGGUUACAACUUGGUUAGGUUUAGGGACAGGUCGUGGUUUGGGUUAAAAUCAAUUCUUUGUUAAGGUUAGAGGACCUUCGCUGUCAUGAUUACGAUAAAUAAAAUGGUUAAGGCUAUAGAACGACUGUGGUCAUGGUUAAAAGAAACAACGUUGACUGUUCGUUUGAAAUUGGACAUGACCAGAGGUGUCCCAUGUUAAACUCUAAUGUUUUGUUGAUCCAUCCAUCCACCCAUCUUUUUCACUCUAUAACAUCACCUGACUUCCUCCUUUGCGCCCAUCAUAAUUACUCGGCCACUAGAGGGCGCUGUCACAUGAACGUUAACAUGUUAUUUUGGGGUAUUUGCUGAAAAGACUGAUGCUGUCUCACACAACAGCUCGAUUAACAAUAAUCACUUAACAAUAAAACAUAACUGUGGUUCCUGAUAAGCUGCUGCACAAACAACCAAUGGGGUUGAUUUUUAUGGGAGGACAAUCUCAUUUACUGAACAAACGCCUGGAAUGUGUUUGUUAUUCCUCCCUGAAAAAAGCCCACACAUAUAGGGAGGGAUGUGUUUGAAAUUCUGGUUUGUUUGCAAUAAAUAAUAGGUGACUAUCAAUCAUCAAAGAGCACCAACUACAGAAAUAGUGAAAAGAAAAAGAAUGGCACAAUAUUAGUUAUGCUGAUUCUAGGAAGUGCCGUAUGAAGGAGCACAAAAUAUGAUCAGACAUUAGAUAUUCUGUUACACUUGUUUGCCAGCUCACGCAAAGUCUAUCUGGUUAGAACAGACAAGAGGUGUAUUUUACUUUUACAUGCCUGGCAAUAAUUAUUGUCUUCUUGCAGGAGUAUAAUCAUGUAUUUAUUGUGUUAUUUAAAUAUCCAGCAGUUUGAAUGUGAAUGGCUUAUAUGCUUUGUUGAAUGCACCUCUGUAUUUUCUGUAUGUAUUAAAAGUUUUGGAAUA